CCUCUGUGAGGGGGAAACCGCCUCAGAGAGGGGAGAGAGUGGCGGGCACCUCUGUGAGGGGGAAGUGCCUCAGGGAGUAGACAGAGGGGAGCGAAAGGCAGGCUGUGUCCCUAAUGGGCACUACUACCUCACUGUACAGAGGGAUAGGACUUAGUUGCUCCUGCCCACACAGGGUAAAUACUCUCCUACCUCAGAGCCAUGGGGGCCUCUUCCAUUCCUUGACAAGCUUGAGACCUUGUACCUCUCCCCAUGGCCGUUGAGGACUGUCAUAUCAAGCAAAUACCAGAUAUCUGUGAGGAUGAAAAGUUUAUGGUACCAGACAUUUUCAUCCAUGUCAUCAGAUGAAGCUGAAGGCUACCCAUAUCCAAAACGAAUUAAAAUAGAAAACAAUACAAGUGUAGCAAAAGAAAAGCAACAGCAGUUAGAACAAAAGACAUACUCUAUAGAUGAAUAUAGAAAGUCACCAAAUAAAUCUAUAUAUAUAUCCAAAGAAUCACUUAACUUCAGUCAAAAUACAUGGAGAGUAGAAAAGGAAAACAAUGGUAGAGAAAGAAAAAAUAGCAUGUGUGAGUUUAUAGAUUUUAAACCCCGGAUUAAUGAAAAAUUAAAAUGCAGGUUAUUAGAAAACAGACUGUCCACUAAAAUAUGGAAUCUUGAAAAUGUAGAGCAAAAUGUUAUGAGCGAUAACUGUUUACUGAAUGCAAAUGAACAUUCUUCUGAAGAAGGAUUAUACAACAUAUGGAAUGUAAACAAAAAUGGCAAAAAUACAUAUGAAUUAAAGCAAGUCUGUGAACAGCACAGCACAAAUAUAGCAGAAAAUAAUAAAAAUAGCAAUCAUAAUGAACUUCAAUUAAAUGCUUCACUUUCAUCGUUAAACAGAGAUUUGUUUCAGGAGAAAACAUCAAGUCAGAAAAUUGGCACUGAUGAUAAGUGGAAAGAACACCAGCUUUUAGAUGUUCCAUUUUUAUGUGGCAUUAAUUCUACAUUUUGUGAAAUAAAGAAUAAGGACAAAAAUAACUGGUUUAAUAUAUUAUCCAUUGAAGAAAACAAAGAUAAUUAUGGUAAUCAGAGUGACUCCAUUGAACAAAUAGGUAAUAAAGAAAAAAAUGCUACAUUGAAUACAUCAGCUACAUUAAAUUUGUUUGAAAAAAUACAAACAUUCAGAAUCCCCCAAACUGAUUUUUUUGUGAAAGGGAACAUAAUUAAAUGUCCUAAUGCUUCAAAUACAUUAAAUAGCAACAUAACAACUAAUUUAAAGGAGAUAGAACAGAAGAAUUUUAAACAUCAAACAUAUGUAAAGCAAUCUGAAAAGGCUUACUGUUCCCCAAACAUAUCUAUAGUAGGGAAACAAAAGUUUCAAAAUGGUAAAAGUAUUGUGAAUGCUGUUAGUAAUUGUUCUGAAUGUAUUGAAAGUAACCAUCAGUCUGUUAGCAAGCAAAAGACUUGGGAUUUAGCAGAAAAAGGAGAAAAAGCAUCUGAGACUAAUUUCAGGAACAUCAUCGACAGCGUCAAGUGCAAUCAGAUGUUUUCUAAAAAGAAUGUCAACAAGAAAGAGCCAGAAAAUGGAGAGGAAGACCAGGAAUCAAGUAUAUACCUAAGUAUUUACACAUACUUUGGUUCUAGAAGACCUCAAAGUGGUAAAUGUAGCAACUCUACCAAUAUUUUGAAAAGAACAUGGGGAAAAGUCAGUUAUAAGGAUGUGACAUUUAAUAUACAAGAAACAAUUGUUGCAUUGAUAUCAGAAGUACUAAGGAACCGAAAUUUAAACAUACAAUACAGCAUUACAGAGCUAAUAACCAGUAUUAAUAACAAUAGUACACAUAUUUAUUUGCAAGAUGCUAUUUCAGAACAGCAAAAUGUGAACAUGAUAAAAUCAUACCUUGCUUCUUUUUCCUAUAAUAUACAUUUUUUGCUUCCAGCUGAAAAAAAAAAUAAACCAAUAGAGAAAAAUCCUUUAUGUUACAGAAAACAAAUUCAGGUAAACUCACACAUAAAUAAUAGUUUGAAAGGAAACACAGAAUUGCAGCAAAAAUAUAUAACUUAUAUGGGUAUGUAUAAGGAAAUUAUAAACCCUAGAUUAGUAAAAAAAGUUGGUUUUCAAUUACAUCGUAAAUGCCAAAAAAUUCAUUAUUCUAGCACUACAGCUGAAAAUAAAGAAGCGAUUUUUCUAGACAAAAUAGUACUGUUUCAUAACCAACAAAAAGUAUCACCUGAAGAUAGAUGUGCCAAACUUUCCUGCUUAUCCAGAUGUAGCAUAGGAAUUAAUAGUGUUGUUUCAGUAUUUGACAGUGAAGAAAAAGAUACUAAAAUGCAACUUUUACUUGCUAAUAGACUAAUUUUAUCAAGAAAGAAUUUUGAUUGUUCUUCCUUGUGGAAAAUAAAUUGGUGCAGUACCAACAAAAUAUUGACAGAAACAAACGUUGGACUUCUGAAUUAUUUGUUUUCAAUUUCAAAAAUGAAAUUUAAAAAUUUAAAUAAUAAAUGUUCAAAUCUGAAAAUUCAGGUAGCUAUAGUAAAACAAAAGAAGAAGAAACAAAUCAAAAUACGUAACACUAUUUUUCUUAAAGAAAAGUUUAAAAUUCUGCAUGCUGUUUUACGUGAAAAUAAAAAACAUAGAAGCAGGGGAGUCACAAAUAGUGUGAACUUUGCAUGUGACGCCACAAAUGUUAUUCCAAAAUAUCCAAGAACCUUUAUCAAAGUAAACUUUGACAAAAAUAAGUAUGGCAACAGUAGAGAAUUUAAAAAAGAAUCCUUUAGCAGUCUUCCAAAAAUACCAUUUCUUUCUAUUUUUGACACAUAUGAAAAAAUUCCUCUCAGUGCUGAUUCUGAGGAAAUGGACCAGAUCCCACUUAUAAGGCAAAUUAAUUCUAAUAAUGAAAAAUGCAUUAAAGAAAGUACAGUCGCUAGUAUAAAAAAUGUUCACAAUGUCCUUUCUACGUCAAAUAUUUGUGAUUUGCCUGAAUUUUCAACAUCUAUAGUGAAUUGUAAAUCUGAGUUACUACCAGACAGUAGAAGAAACAGAUAUUUCAAAGAAAUAAAUACCUAUAGUCAACCCUUAGAAAAUGAAAGAAUAUAUGUAUGCUAUUCAAAUACUGGUUCCAAUUCUGGAAACAUAUUUCAUUGCUUCUUAGAUAAUGGCCAGUGUCCCACUUCACCAUUCUAUUGUGGUCCUUUUAUACAUAAAAAUGUAGUACUAAAAGCUGAAGAGGGACAUUGCAGGAGUUCCUUGAGUAAUGACACAGAAAAACAAUGUGAAGAAAUGGAUAACAUUCUACAAUACCAAACUGUAAGAAGUUCUGAAGUAUCUAAUAACAAUAUGCAUUUUAAGGUUCAGAAAGAAGAAACAAUGACUUUUGCUCUGUGUGAAAAUGUUCAGACAGAUAGAAAGUUUUGCACACUGAAUUCAAAGCCAAUGAUUAUAAAACAAAAUCUUGAAGAUUUACAAGAGGUGGGAGAAAUAAGUGCCAGGCAAAAUUAUAUAACUAACAAAAAUAAAAAUCAGAUGAUGUUGCAUGGAAGUAUAUCAACUAGUUUAAUUUUGCAAUAUUCAAAAGAUGAAUCUGGAGUAGCCAUUGCUUCAGGAGACAAAUUAACACCACAUUUAUCCAUAAUGGACAAUGGUAAAAGCAUAUCUGAAUUUGAACUGAAGAGCAAAUUUGAUUUAGUGUUAGAAGAGCUUUGUAUGUUUCAUGAAAUUAGCAAGGAAUAUGAAAAUAAGCUACCCAAAGUAGAAACAAACACAAUACAAGAAAAUCCUCUUGAAUUGAAUAAUUCUGAAGCCAUAGAUGAAAAUUUAAAAAAUGUUUCUCAAACAAAAGUAUGCAUUUCCUUUCCAAUCUUUAGUACUACAGCAGGACAAAAUAUAACUAAAAAUAACCAAAGUUCAUUUAAAGGAAAAAUAUUAAAUAGACAUGCAAAGCAAGAAGCACCUCAUGAGUACUGUCCCUCAAGUAUGUCGGAUGAAGAAUUGCUCUAUUCACCUCCUGGAGAAGAUUCAAAUUGUAAAAAUCGAUUUCCAUGGAACCCUGCUUUUUUGUCUCAUUCAUUUAUGAAGGAAAGAAGUAACAGUUUACAGAAAGAAAGAGGAAACUUUUUGUCACAUGAAAUUAUAAGACUGCAGCCUCUUAAAACAUGCAGUGGCCCUAUCAGGAUUGGGCUGUCCAGAAAAGCUAAGCCCAAAAAGCUUCACCCAUAUCUGAAAUAAUUUACUAACACUGAAGCCAAAUAUAUAAUUGGACUAUAGUAUCACAACUCACUUUGUCUGAAAAUUGUUGAACUGUUUUUUAAAUUUAAUAUAGAUAGUUUAUGUUUACUGUUUCUAGGUUUUUCCACAUUAAUAUUGUAUUACUGUUUGGUGAUUUAUUUGGGACUACUUUUAUGAAUAUUUGAUACUAAAGCAUUUUAAAGAUGAAUAUUCAUUAAUAAAAAUGUUGCUAUAAAAUAAUACACUAUUAAAGUUUAUCUAAUAUUAAUAGAAUCUGAUGUGUAUAAUAAGUAUCAAUUUUCAUAAUAAAUUAACAAUAUUAAAUAUUUGUG